AUUGCUUGUACACAAACAUGAUUUCGCGGCAGAAGCUUGUCUCGAUGUCUGAGACUCUGCCAAAAUCAUCAAAGCGUCGUCACACCAUCGACUCUCCUACAGUCGCGACGAUCAUACCACGAUGUCUCAGGGAGCAGAGACUGAAGAUUCUGCAGAGGCUCGGCCGCCCCGCUGGGACAUGGUUUUGCCAAAUUACCGUGAAGCUUACAUAGCGCACCAGUCAGCCACGCUCAAAGAGUGCCUCCUGAUGUUCCCGUCGCACGACCACUCGAAAGAGAUCAUCGUUCUGGUAGUGCGAGAUGACAGGAUUGCGAAAGAAACCCGAGUACUUACAGGUCAUCUUCAGGAGUCAGACACUCAGGACGUGCUUGGUGGCUUUUGUCAGAGAGUCGCUCUGGAUUAUACAGCAACAGGAUCGCACCUAGUGACAGCAUAUGUCCUGGCACGGCCUCUGUUUCGAGCAUAUGACGGAAGGAACAUAUUCCCACGAGAACUCUUGAGCCAGGGUAUGUUGGGGGUGCAGGAACGGAAUUGGGAACAAGGGAAUACAGAGCUUGGCCCACUCCGAGAUGACUUUCGCCGCCGCCGACAAAUUUGGACUCUGGCACCAGAACCCAUUGCUCACUUUGAUCCUACCAGUAAACAGCAAUAUCUGUGCAUGGGUGACAGGGACGAAUUCAUUGUUGUGAUGGACAGACUCAACGAGCUCCAGUGGAAAUACCGCGUGCAUAGUUUCGAUGUUGGACUGCCCACAAAGAAUUUCUCGUUCCAGAUGUUCAUUCAGCUCGACGAAGGAGAAGUUGUGAGUGAUUCUGUGGGCCACUGGUCGAAGACUCCUUGCUGACGAUUUCCAGGAAGUGGUGGCUCAUAUAGCACCAUUAGUGUGCAGAAUCUUUGCAGAAGCUCGAGAACACGUCAAGACUCGCU